GAGCAUCUUCUUCAGUGACUUCAGCCGCCCGAGCAAGAUCCGCCACUUGAAGUCCCUCGGCCCGAGGCACCCGCCCGUCCGCCAUGGACUACGAUGAAGGAAUAGAUCGGGAUUAUGGCCAUGGAUUUUAUGGAGGGAUGGAUCGUGACUAUGGCCAUGGCUCCUAUGGGGGUCCAAGAUCCAUGGACUCUUACCUAAACCAGUCCUAUGAUAUGGACAAUCAUAGUGGUAGUGGUGGUGGUGGUGGUGGCGGUAACAGGUUUGGACCUUAUGAGUCUUACGACUCCGGGUCUUCUCUGGGUGGGCGAGAUCUGUACAGAUCUGGCUAUGAUUUUAAUGAACCCGAACAAAGCCGCUUCGGAGGUAGUUAUGGUGGUCGAUUUGAGAGCUCCUACCGGAAUAGCCUUGACUCUUUCGGAGGUAGAAACCAGGGCGGGUCUAGCUGGGAAGCACCUUACUCCCGUUCAAAAUUGAGGCCUGGGUUUAUGGAGGACAGAGGAAGAGAAAGUUACUCUUCCUACAGCAGUUCUUCUUCACCCCAUAUGAAGCCUGCACCUGUAGGCUCUCGGGGGAGAGGAACGCCUGCUUAUCCUGAAAAUACGUUUGGAAGCAGAAACUAUGAUGCUUUUGGAGGACCAUCAACAGGCAGAGGCCGAGGCCGAGGACAUAUGGGUGAUUUUGGAGGCAAGCGUAAACCUGGAAUUAUUGUAGACUAUCAUAACAAACCCAGUAAUGUAGCAGUUGCUGCAAGAGGAAUCAAGAGAAAAUUGAUGCAACCAUCUAAUAAGCCUGGAGGAACAUUUAUCAAGAAACUCAAACUGACAAAAGUGAUUGAGAAGAUAAACCAGAAAAAAUCACCUACUAAAAUGACUCCUAAAAGUGAAGAAGAGAAACGACGAGUAGAAAUACGAAGAGAGAAACAAAGACGGAGAAGAGAGAAGAUCAGUGAGAAAUAUGGUGAUGAGUACAGGAUGGCAUUCACAUGUUCAUUUUGCAAAUUUCGAACAUUUGAAGAAAAAGAAAUUGAGCUUCAUUUGGAAAGUUCUUCUCACAAGGAAACCUUAGAUCAUAUUCAGAAACAAACCAAAUUUGACAAAAUAGUUAUGGAAUUUUUGCACGAAUGCAUGGUAAAUAAAUUCAAGAAAACAUCAAUGCGUAAACAACAGACGACGAAUGAUUCAGAAGCUGUCAAAGUGGUUGAGAAAGAUGUAAUGGAAGGGGUUACUGCAGAUGACCACAUGAUGAAAGUAGAGACUGUACACUGCAGUGCUUGCAGUGUGUAUGUACCUGCCUUACACAGUUCGGUUCAACAGCACUUAAAAUCUCCUGACCAUGCCAAGGGGAAACAAGCAUAUAGAGAACAAAUAAAAAGAGAGAGUGUCUUAACUGCAACCAGCAUCUUGAAUAAUCCAAUUGUAAAAGCACGGUAUGAACUUUUUGUUAAGGGUAAGAAUCCUUUUGAAGCUGCAGAUCCAAGUCAGGAACAACAAGGAGAAGAAUCUGAUGAGGAGGAAGAAAAGAUUGAUGAGCCUGUGGAAGAAGAAGAAGAAGUAGUAGAAGAGGAGGAAGUGGAAGAAGUGGAGGAAGAAGAGGAAGGAACAGAAGAACAAGUUGACUUCAAUAGUGAACAGCCUGAAGAAAAUUAACUACAUGAGGAAUUAGAUGUAGCAUUUCUCCCCUUACAUUGACUAAGAUUUUUAAAUAUAGUAUAAAAUUAGUUGUUUAAUACUCUGUGCAUGCAUUUCAUGAUCUUUAAAUUUAAAAUGUUUUGGAUUUGUUUUACAAAAAUGAAGGGUAAGACUAUUUUAGUAAAGUUUUUAUAGUAACCAAACUUAGAUCUGGUAAGUUGUUUGUAUAAUUUUGUUUUGCUUUUUUUUUUUUUCCCCACUUUAUGGAUGUUGACACUAAGAUGUGUAGUAUUAAUAUGUCUACUGUAAUCAUUUUAUUAGAAAUGCUGCUCAUGGGAGUAAAUAUUCAUAAUGUAUAAAAAACUUUUGAAUUAUUACCCCUUUGAGAGAUGAUUGGGCCAGAACUUUUUUCCUUUAAGUAUGGCUAUUUUUAGACUGUAUUACUCAGUGUAUGCUAAUUUAUGUUAAGAGCAUACACUUAAAACUUUUUUGGACUAUGUGUCAAUUUAUAGUAGUAAAUGUUUUUUAGAAACAUUUUUUCCUGAAGUAAUAAUUUUGAUCAACUGGAAUUUAUCAAUGGGAUAUUUUCAAAAUCAAGAUUGUGUAGCUUCAGUAUUCAAAUAUUGAAAAUUUGUUGGAUAGAACUUCAUUUGUAUCAGUAAUCAAAUUUUUGACAAAUAUAGAGCUUUCCAAAUUUCAUUUUUUCAGCAUAUAAAAUUGAUUUUGAAUAUCUUGGUGAUCUGUUUAGAGAUUUUUAGUUUAGUUUUUUUUGUGUGUGUGUGCCAAACCUUGAUUUCCUUUUGAUUGUAUGUUUAAAUACAGAAUUGUAUCAUAGCUAUUAUGAGUUCCUUUGUCGUGCCACUUAACUGACUGAUACAUUAAGAAUCAAACUGUCAUAUUUUUGUGAAUAUUGUCUCUUUGGAAUAAAUAAUCACUGAAUUUUAAAA